CUUAAAGGUCUUAAAGUGACGGACUUUCACUGCCUGAGCGAUUAUUAGAUAGUUGACUAUUUCAUGGGUGUACCAGCGAGUAUAAAAAGUCCAGCGAUUGUCCAUCCAAAGCACCAUUCUUACGAACAAACAAUCGAAGCAACAUGAAGCUGUUUAUCGUCGCUGCUCUCCUGGCCGUUGCUGUCGCCGUUCCUUCCGGCUAUCCGUCGAACUACAAAGACUCCAGUUACAUGACGUCUCCCAGCAACGCUUCCUCCGGCUACAACAAGGACAGCAGAUAUGGCGGAAUCACCAUCACCAGCCAACACGACGUCCGCAAUCUCGACGGAAGCAGCAAAUGGGGCUACUCUGGAUCCGACUACACGACCCGUGAGGAAUCGCAGGUGCAGAAGAAGAUGCAAGGCGUCGCCUACGAUUCUUAUGGCAAAGCCACUUACGACGACGUUUAUGGCAACACCAACGCUGGAUCCUCUUACUGGGUCUCCCCCGAAGGCGAGAAAUUCACUCUGACCUGGACCGCCGAUGAAAACGGAUUCCAGCCAAAGGGCGACCACUUGCUCGUCGCUCCCGUCCACGUCUACGAGCUCCCAGUUGCUCCCGUUCACGAAUACGAACUCCCAGUUGCCCCUGCCCUCCCUUACCGUCGCACCGGUGCAGGCAGCUACAAUACCUACAAUACUUAUUAAAUUAUCUAGAGCUGUACCAUGACGAAAUUUGAUUAAAUUAAUAAAGUACUUUCCUUUAAACAAAUUUCUAUGUGGUUCUGCCAGGAAUAGUUCAUAAAACUAUUUCCUUUUGGCAUUGCCAGAACCAAUA